AUAACCGGCUACUUUAACACUUCAGAGAAUAAAAUUGAACAGUUGAAGUGGGUGUAAUGUAAUCAAUAAGUAUGUAUACGAGGAUAAAUUUAGAUUUUUAAUUAGUUAACUAGAAGUUUAGACACACUGCACGUUUAGUUAAUAUAAUGCGGUUGUUUUUACUUAUCUUGUUCGUAUUGGUCUGUUUCACUCGCCAGAACCAUGGACGAGAGGUUAGCUGCAGCAAGAAAGGGUUCGUCUGUUACGACGAUUCAAAGUUUUAUCAGUGCGUCCACAAAAAUGGAAAAUAUUUCAUAGGAGGAUCCUUGCAGAAGUGUGCUGAAGGUUUAACGUGCAGAAACGAUGGCGAACUGGAAUGCGAAGAAGAGAUUCCGAAGGAAUAUAUCAUCGCUUCCAAUAUAGAAGCAUUCGACGCUAAUGAUAUAGAUCACAAAUUAGAUGAAAUAUAACUUAUAUACACUCUUUUUCAACGUGAUUGAAGACAGACGCGGAUUCAGAUACUGGAAACAAAUAGUCAUAAUGGACCAGGAUCUUAUUAUUAAAAUUAUCGUUUUAUGUAAUCUUCAAUGAGGAACUUGUCCAUUGUCUGUCUUCGACCAGAUUCUUCUUCAAUCAUAUGUAAAAUGUAAAAAUCGUAUUAUUUAUGUUUGUUGUGUAACUGAUAAAUGAAAUAACAAAUUAAAUAUUA